AUGCUGGCAAUGGUGAUCUUGUGUGUGCUGUCCAUUUCGUACUACUAUGAGGCUCUGGACGUUGGGAAAAUGGAUUCAGGAGUCGAUGCGUUGUUCUUGAUGAUGUACUCAUGGCAGAAGAUGGUUGAUUACAAUUACACACCAUCGGAAAGACUUGGAAUUGUUUUUGAAGAGUGUGGUCCAAGUAUCACCAUCACAUCAGUGACCAAUGUCCUAGCCUUCGGGAUUGGAGCCAUUACACCAACGCCAGGUUAUCUUUUCCUCCGCUUUACUGCAGAAGUGCGUCUAUUCUGCUUGGGAUCAGCAAUAGCGAUUUUCUUGACGUUUGUCUAUCAGCUGAUAUUGUUUGGUCCGGCUCUUGCAAUAGCAACGUCGUACGAGAACACGGACAAAAUCAGGCACGAGAGUCAACUGACGGGCUGUAGAGCGCUGAUCAAUUCCACCUUCCUGACACUAUUACGUGUCCACUGCACUAUGCUCAGACAUGUGGAGGUAGCAGUUAUCGUUUUUAUCAUGGCAGUAAUCUAUCUGACUUUGGGCGUAUACGGAUGGAUAAACAUGGACAUCCGUUUGGAUUCGGAAAAGAUUCUGCCCACAGAUUCUGAAUUACACAGGCCGAACGGACUUCUUAUGAAAUACGUAUGGCGGGAACAUCUGUCGCCAGUUUUCCUCGUCAAUAAUCGCUUCAAUUUGACCGACACCCGUUUAACAGCACAGUUCUGGAGCGUGCUGAAAGAACUUGAAGCUCUACCUCACUGCAAAGGUGCGGCUUCAUCUCAUGUUUGGCUUCGGGAUUUUGCAGACAGUCUCAAUAAAUCUGGAGGACUUUAUCCGUAUCAUACCAAGCUCAUCCCCGAAAAGGUGAAAAACUUUCUUAAACACGACAGACGUCACUUUGACAUGACAAUCCGGUUUUCAAACGAUCCAUAUCGCGAUCUGAACAUGACUGUGUACGAAUCGGCUGGAUUCUAUGUGGAUCAGAUGCUGAGUUUGAGUUCUGUAACUGUACAGACCGCUCUGUUCACAUUGGCUUCGAUGACUGUCGUGUGUGCUAUCUUCAUGGGCAACAUAUGCGAAGCAGAGACCGCAAUUUCGAACGGGGUGAUUUUAGGUGUGAUUGGUUUCAUGUCCUUGUUUGGCUUCGAUCUCGAUCCAGUGGUGAUGGUAGCACUUUUGAUGUCAAUCGGCAUGAGCGUGGACUAUAUAGCUCAUGUCGCUUACCAUUUGCAGGUGGAUACGAAAAGCAAAAUCAGUGGCGGUAGCGUGGUACGAACUCCCAUAAGUGGUAUUAUUAGAAAGGUGCAGAAUACUGUCGAAUGUGUGGCGCUGCCAUUGGCCCAGUCGGGCUUGUCGACCAUCAGUUGCGUUCUGCCACUCCUUUUUCUUCCCACCUACGCCUCGUCAGUGUUUGUGACAGCUAUAGUAUUGGUAGUGAUCUUUGGAGCAUUGCACAGUUUGAUCAUAAUACCGGUAUUUCUCAUACGGCUACCCGAAUGGAUUACAAGCGGCCGUAUAAUGAGAAGCUGUACAUGUUAA